UGUUAACGUUCGGAAAGCGCGAAAAAGCUCAACACAUCGUCACGUUUUUGUAUCUUUUUUACGAUCAGUAAAUAGUAUCUUGUUUGCUCGCUAAUAAAAGAUGGUUAACGUCAUGAAAUUGUCUCUCGGUUCGAAAUGUGUUAAAUAUUUAAUGUUCGUGUUCAAUCUACUCUUUGUUAUAACGGGAGUAAUUUUGUUAUCCAUUGGCCUGGUAAUUCACGGAGUUUACCACAGUUAUCAACAUUUCUUGGACAAUAAGUUCUUGUCAGUACCGUCACUCCUCAUUGCAAUUGGGGCGAUUAUUUUCUUCAUCGCCUUUUUCGGAUGUUGCGGUGCCGUUCGUGAAAACUAUUGCAUGAUAAUUACGUUUACCUCCUUGUUGGUCAUUGUUUUUAUUUUGGAACUGUCAGGCGGUAUUUCUGGAUAUGUUUUGAGAGCCAGGGCAUCGACGAUCAUUCAGGACAAAAUGAUUGAUACGAUGAAGAUGUACCGAAACAGUACAGAAAUUGCUCUCGUUUGGGAUAAGCUUCAACGUGAGUUUGAUUGUUGCGGAACCGUUAACGCGACUGACUGGAACGACAGUUUGAAUGCUAUGCCGGUUUCGUGCUGUGAUAAUCAAGUGGGUGCCAUAGGAACGACAAAUUGUACCCUUUCCUCAUCGACUCUACAUCACGAGGGCUGUUACCACAAGUUCCUUUCUUUCAUCGGCUCUCACGCUUUACAACUCGGUGGUGUUGGCAUUGGCAUUGCCAUUGUUCAGGCAGUCGGAAUUUGGUUCUCGAUUUACUUGGCGCGGUCGAUUAAAAACAGUUACGAAAGCGUUUAAAAUUUUCAAUGAGUUUUACGAAUAAUCUGUUCACCAAACAAAUAUAAUUGGACAAUAUUGAGGGGAUUUGAAAAAUUACUAUCCGCGAAGGAUAACUUGGAGAAGUGAUAUGAAUAUGUUUAGUUACGAAACAUUGUAUAUUACGAAUAAGAGAUUUUGUAUUUCGAAAUAAAGGAAAUGGCAAUCGUGGGUCGUCCGUAUAAUAAAAUAUGAAAGACAAAUGUUUUUUUUGUCGGAGCAAAGUGUGGUAAAAGAAUUUGUAUCUAAUAAAAGAUUUGAAACUUAUUCGAUACGUUUUGUCAGAGAAAUGCAUCUUGUGUGAAAUUGAGUGAAUAUGAAUGACUAUCAUCAAUACUUUCUUCUCUAUUUUCCAUUCAUCAAUAAAAACAGAAAUGUUAUAUCUAUUUAUUUAUCUUCACAACUAUUUUGACUA